AUGUUUGAGAGCGGCUCUGCGGAUGCCGGGCCGCCGGGAGACUCCAUGUAUCAGGCCGCUACUCAGCCGAGCUUCCUACGAGGUUCCGCCAUGUCGCGACCUCCUUUCCGGCCACCAUAUGGCAUGAUGCGACCUCCGAUGCGUGGCGGCUUCAUGGCUCGUCCGAGAAUGAAAUCGAUGAUGACACCCAUGGGAAUGUCCCCGAUGGGUAUGGGUAACGGAGAUCAGAGACCGGCUAUCGAUCCCAAUGCAGAAAUUUGGGUCGAAACUCAAACGAAAGAAGGGAAGGUCUAUUUCUACAACGCAAAAACAAGAGCCAGCGCCUGGACUCGACCUACAGGCGAUGGCGUACAAGUAUUGACACAAGAGCAGCUCGAGCAGUUGGCCCGAGGGAAGAAGAAAGACGAAAGCAUGAGCGCGACAAACGGACAACAAGCCAUCGACCCACAGAACGGGAUGGCGCUCGGCGAGGACGGACCUCCCGGCGACGAGAGACCUCCCGGUGAAGGGGACAGCAUGGACGUUUCAGGGUCGAGCGGUCACGCAAACGGCAUGGGGCCCCCAGGGACCAUGGGGGGUCCUCCAUCGCAGCACAUGGGACCCUAUGGCAUGCGGCCACCUUUCGGAAUGCCCCACUUCGGCCCUCCUCCCUUCGGUCCCCCGCCUGGCUUCAGCCCCGGUUUCACUCCGGGAGGGCCCCCGUUCAUGAUGAUGCCUCCUGGGAGCUCUGGUGGAUACCAUGGGGCCCCCGGCAUGUACCCAGGCCAUGGCGGUCAGUCCCUAGAUGGGUCAGCUGGCAGCAGCAAAGCGGAACUCGACGAAGAGCUCGGCUCGCUCGAGAUUGACGCCGAGAUCAAGCGAAAGGCCGAGGAAUGGAAAGAAUACAAAACUCCCGAGGGCAAAGCGUAUUUUCACAGCACUGUUACCAACCAAUCGGUGUGGGAGCGGCCUCAGGCUUUGCUGGAUCUGGAUAAGGAAGAACAAAGGAUCAAGGAAGUCCGUGAACGAAUCAAGAACCGCGAAGAAACGAAAAAAGCUCGCGAGGUUGCCGCGGCGGCCUUGGCCAAUCCUGCUCUGGCUCACAUGGGCACACCACAACUCGGCCUCGGUGGUCUCAUGAAUCUUGGCGGACUAGGCGGUAUGGGUGCCGGCCAAAUGGGUCUCACAGCUGCUGAGCCGAAGGAAGAAAAACCCAAAGACCUAACGAAACCCGUAAGCUCGACUCCGGUUGCCGGUACGCCUUGGUGCGUGGUUUGGACCGGCGACGGUAAAGUGUUCUUUUUCAAUCCCGCGACGAGGAGCUCCGUCUGGGAAAGACCUCAAGAUCUCCAAGGUCGCUCCGACGUUGACAAGCUCCUGGCUGCUCCACCGUCCGAGAAGAAAGCCGAGCCCGAACUGCCUGCCUUCAUGGAAACAAAAAAGCCAGUUACCACAACGAACACGGCGCCUGCUAAGGUCGAAGAACCUUUCUACAAGAAAAUGCGAACAGAAGAGUCCCCGGUCGAGGACGAGAAGAUGAAGAAGCCAGUGGAAGAACUUGUGAAGGAAGAUCCCAUGGCUGCCGAGAAGAAAGCGGCCAAGGAGCGGGCUCUGAUACCUCUCGAAGAGAGAAUGGCGCAGUUCAGACAGUUACUGGUGGAGAAAGCUGUUUCUGCCUUCAGUCCCUGGGAGAAGGAGCUCCAUAAAAUCGUUUUCGAUGCUCGAUACCUGCUGCUCGCCUCGAGAGAAAGAAAACAAGUUUUUGAAAAGUACUGUAAAGAGAAAGUGGAGGAGGAGCGAAAAGAGAAAAAGAACAAAGCUAAACAACUCAAAGAGUCGUUCAAGGAGCUCUUGGAGGCAUCGAACUUGACGACAAAGAGCAGUUUUUCAGAUUUCGCAUCAAAACACGGUAAAGAUGAGAGAUUUAAAGGUGUGGAUAAGAUGAGGGACAGGGAAAACCUUUUCAAUGAUUUCAUAGCGAACUUGAAACGACGCGAACGCGACGAGAAAAGCGCCCUCAAAGACAAGCUCCGAAAAGACUUCAUCGACCUUCUGAAGGAACAGAAACUGGACAGAUAUUCUUCUUGGACAAAAACUAAGGAAGAUAUCCGCCACGAUCCGCGCUACCAAGCGAUCGAGAGUUCCACGACCAAAGAAGAAUACUUCCGGGAGCACUGCGCGAAACUAUCAAAAGCGCAUCGAUCUGACACCGCCGAACGCGACGAUUCCGAAGAACGUCAGAGGAAGGAGAGAGCGGAAGCUUCCAUUCGACAACGCGAAAAAGAAGUUGCCGAAAGUUUAUCAGUAAGUCUCAAGCAACGCGACCGGGAACGCGAGCAUCACCGACACGAAGAAGCGCGCCAGAAUUUCCAGGCAUUGCUCUCGGACCUCGUCCGAAGCUCCGACAUUUCGUGGCACGACGCGAAAAAAAUGCUGAAAAAAGACCACCGCUACGAGAGCGUCGACAUGCUUGAUAAGGCGGUGCGUGAGAAAAUGUUCGAUGAUCACGUUAGCGUUCUAAAGAAGAAGAAGAAGGAUAAGUUCAAACAGAUGCUCGGCGAAUGCGCCGAAAUCACCCUGAACAUGCCCUUCAAGGACGCACGUAAGUAUAUAAAAGAUGAUCCUCGCUAUUCGAAGUAUUCGUCGUCCGAACACAAAUGCGAGAAAGUUUAUAAGGACUGGAUGAAAGAACAAGUUCAAGCGGCCAUGAACAACUUCCGCGCCCUUUUGUCCGAGACGCAACUCAUCACGUACAAGAGCAAACAAAUGAUCGAGGAUUCCGGCAGCCACCUGCGUGAUAUUCUGAGUUUUCUCGAAAACGAUAAGCGAUACUUGGUACUAUCCGAACUGCAAGAAGAACGCCUCGACAUCUUGAUGAACUAUAUCGACGGACUCCACACCAAGGGUGCUCCGCCGCCACCGACUGCCUCCGAUCCAAGCAAGAGGAACAAGUAG